CUGAACCAUGCCCGCUGAUGCCCGCUAAAAUGGAGUUCGCCUCUAUUUUACCUACCAAUGUGGCGCCAGAAUUUAACGACUCGAUCGUGGAGUAUGAUGACGGUGAUGACCCUGAUGCUGUCACGCUUCUAUCUAUACUUCUCGUUGGCAUAUUCCUCUCCCUCCUUAUAUUCCUGAGCGUGGCUGGAAACAUCCUGGUCUGCAUCGCCAUCUACACCGACCGAGGGUUGAGGAGAAUCGGGAAUUUGUUCCUGGCGUCGCUGGCGAUCGCUGACAUGCUGGUCGCUGCUGCUGUGAUGACGUUUGCUGGGGUCAACGACUUGUUGGGUUACUGGGUCUUCGGCGAACAGUUCUGCGACACUUGGGUGGCGUGUGACGUCAUGUGCUCCACGGCGUCUAUACUCAACCUCUGCGCUAUCUCUCUAGACAGAUACAUACAUAUCAAGGAUCCGUUGAGAUACGGCCGCUGGGUGACCCGACGGGUGGCCAUCAUUACAAUCGCCAUGAUUUGGAUCUUGGCUGCGUUGGUCAGCUUCCUGCCCAUCUCCCUCGGUCUCCACAGGCCCGAUGAGGAGGCCUUGGCCACACAGAGGCCUCCGAGAUACCCCACGUGUGCCCUCGUGUUGACCCCAACGUAUGCGGUUGUAUCCAGCUGUAUAUCGUUUAUACUGCCGUGCAUUGUGAUGAUCAGUAUAUACUGCAGACUGUACUGCUACGCCCAGAAGCACGUGAAGUCCAUCCGCGCUGUCACCCGGACAGUCCGAAUGCCGGACAACCGGACAAAGUCCGUCCGGACUCGAGUACAUACUCACGUCCACUCGUCGCCGUAUCACGUGUCUGAUCACAAAGCAGCCAUCACUGUGGGCAUCAUCAUGGGGGUUUUUCUUCUGUGCUGGGUGCCGUUCUUCUCUGUGAACAUUGUGGCGGCGUUCUGCAAGACUUGCAUACCAGAUUUGGCCUUCAAGAUCCUGACUUGGCUCGGAUACUCCAACUCAGCUUUCAACCCGAUCAUCUACUCUAUAUUCAACACAGAGUUCAGGGAGGCCUUCAAGAAGAUCCUGACUUCCAGGUACCCCCCUUGUUGUGGUUAUCAGACAGUCAGAGCAAAUACUCCAACAAGAAACGACAAUUUCGUCACCGAUUACGGAACAAAAACCCUGGUUGUGCGCAGAAGCGGGUCACUAGGUCUCUCAGGAGUUGAUCCUACUCCAAGGUCUUCUGCUGAGUCUGUGAGGCCACUGAGGGAAUACCACAUUUGACAAGAAGACGGCACCAGCAAUGCUGUGUUCGACAGAAGUGAUGUGGUCUGAUCGUCCAAGGACUAAGCAAUACGUGUUUAAGAUUAUUGAUGCUCAUUAGUAUUUCUAUUGAUCAGAGUUUGAAGGGACUUACAAUGUACAUAUCUGGUGAAAUGGUGUUGU